CCUUAAAUUGAUGACAGUUUCAUCAUCAAAUUUCAAAUGUGAAUUACAGAUACGGUCACAUGAGGAAUAACCGUGCACUAAUUUUACCUUCAUCUAACAGUCAAAGUUCAAAGUCUAUUAAUGGGCAGGGUUCUGGUUAAGCGCGCGCAGUGCGAGGUUUCAUUGAAUUCAGCAGAUACUAGGGUGCAACCUAAUAUCGUACAAUAAAUUUGUACUUGCACUCUUUUCGUCCGUCAGAAAAUCCAACAUGACAAAUCAUACGAAAUUCAUCUCAAGUGUUUUGCUUCUUUUUGUUGUCGUAUCAUAUAUACCAAACCCUACAUCUUCCCAGACGAUUGUCAAGGCUUUGCCAGGAUUUCCCGGGGAACUUCCCUUCAAACUUGAAACGGGAUAUGUUGAAGUAGGAGAGAAAGAAGAUGUGGUGUUAUUUUAUUAUUUUGUGGAAUCUGAACGGAAUCCGAAGACGGACCCUCUCUUGAUUUGGAUUGCCGGCGGGCCAGGUUGUUCUGCUCUGCGUUCCUUCUUCUUUCAAAUCGGUCCGUUUACAAUAGAAUAUUCAGAUAGCAGCAAAGAAAUACCAGAUUUGCACUUGAAUCCAUACUCUUGGACGAAGUUGGCUAAUGUGAUCUUCCUGGAUGCGCCUACCUCUGGAUUUUCCUAUGCAAAAUCUCCGGAGACUUAUACAAAUAGUGAUACUUUAUCGGCAAAAUACACUUAUCAGUUUCUUCUCAAGUGGCUGGAGAAUCAUCCCAAGUUUAUCAGCAAUCCUUUCUACGUCACUGGUUUAUCCUACUCAGGAAUAACUAUUCCACUUAUCGUUCAAGAGACAUUUGACGGUAACGAAGCUGGAAAUGAGCCGAGAAUUAAUAUUGCAGGCUAUAUUAUUGGAAACCCGCUAACAGAUAGGCACCUCGACUUCAACGCCCGGAUUCCUUAUGCUCACAAGGUGGCGCUUCUAUCAUAUGAAAUUUAUGAGUCAACAAAAGCGAAUUGCAAUGGUGAAUACGUGAAUGUUCAUGCAGACAACAAAUUAUGUCAAAGUGAUCUCCAAAACGUCGAUGAGUGCCUAGAGGACGUGUAUAUGUUUCACAUAUUGGAACCCAUUUGCACUCCAGAGACCAGCACCAGGAGAUUGAAGGGCCAACAAUGGUGUCGGGAUAAUACUUACUUGUAUACUGACGUUUGGGCAAAUGUUCCAUCGGUACGAAAAGCACUGAAUAUCCGGGAGGGAACUAUUGGAGAGUGGGUUAGAUGCAAUGCUGAUCACUAUUUUCUUGGUAAAAAUGAUACUGUUAACUAUGCAUACGAUGUCUCUAGUACUCUUGGUAAUUAUCGAAACUUUACCAGAAAAAAAUGUCGAGCUCUUAUAAUAAGUGGGGAUCACGACAUGAUCUUUCCGCACUUAGGCACUAAGCAGUGGAUACACAAUCUGAAUUUAGAUGUUGAUAGUACCUGGGCCCCAUGGUUUGUCAAGCAACAAGUAGCAGGAUACACUGAGUCGUUUUCACAUGAUAACUUUUCAUUAACAUUUGCGACUGUUAAGGGUGCAGGUCAUGCAGCUCAAGAGUUUAAGCCUGAAGAAUGUCUGGCUAUGGUCAAUAGGUGGUUUGAUCAUAAACGACCCCUUUAUAGUGUCAACAAUUAAGACAUCUUCUUGGGCACAAUUGAGCAUGGGGCUUAGGGUUCCUUAAUGCUUUAAUAUAUUUAUUAGACAUCUUUAAUACAUGCCCCUCCUAAUUAUCAACAUGUCAUUAUAAAUAUUUUUGAAUUUUGUUCGCAAAACCCUUUUCCAAUCAUUCCUUUCUUCGGGGUCAUUUGUCACCCCUUUAACGCGACAUGAUGAAAUGGUUCAGCUAUUCAGAUUGUUUGUGUUA